AGAACAGCACUUGUGUGGGUACUGAGUGUGACGCAAUCCCUCUUCGGAGGCACUGAGGCAAAUUUGAUUAAUGGAAUAUGACCGCUUUUGUUGUGUGAGCCUUUCACCGAAUCCAGGGCAUUGGAUGGCAGGCAAGUGUCUGUUCAUUGAAGAAUCAGAAUGGAUCACUGUGAGUAUGCAGGCCUAUAUGGGAAAGCGGUCUGUGUAAUAAGGGAGCAGUGACUAUAAAUAGAUAGCCUCAUGCUAUUUCAGAGUAAGACCUUCUCUUGUGGAUGUUAAAAAAAAAAUCUCACGAGUUCCAGCUACAAUAAGCACUAAUCUUACUGUACUGCUUAAUGAUAUGUAGCCAUGAUAACAUUUACAAAGUAUGGCUUUUGAACCAAACAAAUGCACGCUAAUGUUUCCUAUCCAAGUCCAUUAAGUGUAUGCAUCGAACCAGCAUUUUAGAAUUUCUUUAAUCACUACUUCAAACACUUCAACACUGGAGGCAACAUGGGGUCAAAGGAGACACGUGACUCAUACUGCCACAUCCUGAAGACCUCAACAGUUUAGAUACGUUGAAAAAAAAAAAUCAGCAAUAGAAAAGCUUUAGUAGAUUAUCAUCCGAGGCAAACCUAUUUUACCACGGCUCACUUGGCCCCGUUUGCGUGCACACCGAGGUUCGGUCGCAGCGUCUCACUGAACACAUUUUCACGGACAAUAUCAAAACGACACUUGUAACUACAACAAAUACUGUGGAUACCGAAGGACACUUUUCAAGAUACAUAAUAACCAUACCUGUUCCAACAUAUAUCAACAUGGUAUCAUCGCAAAUAUAGAAGAUUGCGGAUUAAGAAAAGAGAUGCAGAAGCGAAGUUCCUGGUAAAUUGCAACUUCUGAAGGAAUGACGGUCGAGAAAGGAUGUGCAGCAGUCGGAACCUCGCAUGGAGUCUUGCGGUGCUCUCGUUUGCUGAGAUUGGAUUCGGCGUGUCCAGCAUCACGGUGGGAAUAUUGGAGAACCGGAGAACCCGAGCUGCGCUUAAAAUGCACCAUGAGGAGGGAGCGCCGGUAUGGAGCGGCGUGGCUUUUCUCAUCUGUGGGCUCUGUGGAAUGCUUUGUGCUAGGAGGAGAACAGGGCUAAUGAUGAUCAUUUUCUGCGCCUGCUGCAUCUGCGGACUGAUAGGCGGCAUUCUGAAUGUGCAGUUUGUGCGUGCAGCAGCGAGGCGUGCCGACUUCAUGUCCUCUCUGCAGAUAGCGUCCAUCUCAGUGGCAUGCUUUGGAAUGGUCGGCUGCAUCCUCAGCUCCUGGCUCACCUGUCGCUUGGCCAGUGCCGAGCAGCAGCGCAUGUUCCUCGACCGGGAGCUUUCCCUCCACCACUCUGUAGAGAUGACAGAAAAGAGCAAGGCAGGACGCAGCAGCAGCAAAUGAGAUUCCUUUGGCUGGCUCUGGACGGCUUGAUGGGGCAUCGGGAGGGGCAUCAGGAGUGGCAU